UAUAAAACAAACAGUCCCUAAGCUGUUGAGAAUGGAUUCCUUGUUCCAAACUCGUCUUCUUGCUUCGUGGCGGAGAAAGCUAGCCAGAAAUUCCAGGAUUAUUACACUAAUUGGCCGGCCAAAAGCAGAGCAGCGACAACCAUAUGUUUUCCUAUUUUUUCUCAUGCAUAUUCCAGAUCGUUUUGAUCGAAACGCUCAAACAAUCAAUGCUGUCAAUACCAUUUCACUAGCAUAUAGGCAUCUCGACCAGCCGUUAUCUGAACUCAGAAUGCGAUGGGGUGUGUUCAGGCCAAAGGGGCAAUGCACACGCCGCCUCGCCGGGCUGAGAAGUUGAAACUACAAAAUGGGUAUGUGAAAGAUGGUGACGUUGCUCAAAAACAGGAUCCUUUUGAUGGCGGUGUUAAUAGAGUUCUCGGUGGGAGAGGAGGGAGGAGGAUCAGCAGAGAAGACGAGAGUGAUGAAGUUAAUAUUUCACGAAGGAUUACAGUGAAGAAGAAUGGUGCAGAUGAGGUUUUUGAUGGAUGGCCAAAGUGGCUUGUAGAUAACAUCCCGAGAGAUGUGUUAGCUGGCUUGGUCCCAAAGCUUAUUGAUUCAUAUGAUAAGUUAGCUAAGGUGGGCCAUGGAACAUAUAGCAAUGUGUAUAAGGCUAGGGACAGGGAAACUGGAAAGAUUUUUGCUUUAAAGAAGGUCCGAUUGGAUACCUCUAAGCCAGAAAGUGUGAAGUUCAUGGCAAGAGAGAUCAUAAUAUUAAAGCACCUAGACCAUCCAAACAUCAUUAAGCUUGAAGGUCUAGCCAUGUCAAGAAUGCAAUACAGUCUCUACUUGGUCUUUGAUUUCAUGCCAUCAGACUUGGCGAAAAUUAUUUCCAGUCGAGAGGGCAAGCUUGCAGAGUCACAGGUUAGAUGCUACAUGCAGCAACUACUUUCAGGUCUCCAGCAUUGCCAUGAGAAGGGAAUUUUACAUAGGGACAUCAAAGGAUCCAAUGUAUUAAUAGACAAAAGUGGAAUGCUAAAAAUUGGCGAUUUUGGGCUGUCUAAUUAUUUCCAACCUAGACAAAAACGCCCUCUUACAAGCCGAGUUGUGACACUCUGGUAUAGGGCUCCAGAACUAAUUUUAGGAUCCACAGAUUAUGGAGUUGGGAUUGAUCUUUGGAGUGCAGGAUGCCUAUUGGCAGAGAUGUUUCUAGGAAGGCCAAUCAUGCCUGGUAGGACAGAGGUUGAGCAACUUCACAGGAUUUACAAGCUCUGUGGUUCACCAUCUGAGGAUUAUUGGAAAAGAAUGAAACUACGCACAACCUUUCAACCACCACAACGCUAUAAUCCUAGUUUUCAAGAAGUUUUUGCAGGCUUACCCACCUCUUCUUUUGGUCUAUUGACCACACUGCUGUCUCUGGACCCAGCAUAUCGAGGAACUGCUGCUUCUGCUCUCCAGAAUGAAUUCUUUGGUGAGGAGGAUGAACUAAUUCAGACCAAGGAUCAGAACAUGAAUAGGGCUCCCAAAACAAAGCAACAGCAUGGGAGAGUUGACGAAGGCAAUGAAAGAAAGAAUUCACUUACCAGAACAGCCAAAGAAGGCUUUGGAUCUCCAAAAAAGUCAUGUAAUGCAGAGCCAAAAUUGCAGAGCCAAGCGAUGGGUAGAACUGCAACUAAAACAUGCUCUAGUAGAAAACCAAGCAGAACUGAUCGGCAGACUCCAUCUCCUUUUCCAUAUUCAGAUUUCCAUUCUAAUGGAAACCGGGCUGCAACGACCGAGGCACAUCCUAAUGCCAUGAAGAACAUAAAGAACUAUCCCCUCUCGCUUGGUGCCACAGCAUAUGACAGCAACCACAUCAAGAUUGGAGAAAACAAAUUGGGUAAUGGAAGGUCAUUGUCUACCGUUGAUUUUCGAACUACUGGUAUGGCAAAGAUAUCAAAACUGUUUGAAUUAACAGAUAACUAGCUCGGGAAAAUGGCACCCAGGCCCCGUUUCACAAUCACAAGUUAUACACUUCCAGCUUGUCUAGAAGCAUUACCUUGUCUUGAUCUUGCAGGUUUGCUCAAGAAGUGUUCUAUGAAAAUUUAAUCAUAUUUAGCUCUAUACUUGAUUGGUGGCCAUAUUUCUUGUAACUAACUUUUUCUAAUGAGAUUAAAGCUUGAUAUGUUGAAACAGAUCAU